UAGAGGAUAAACUUGUUGAUGUUGAGUUGGCAGUUUGGCUUUAUCGUAAAUUACUUUUGCUGUUUUAUCCAGUUUCUUUUUAGAGCUGACUUCACUCGCGCAGUAUACAUUGAAAGGUUAAGCGUAUAAACACACAGUUAAAAGCCACCACUUUGCAAACGGUCUCGUUGUGUGUUUAUACGGUCGCCACGCAGCGGUGCAGCGGCAAUUAGGGUUCACCUCAGUCCUCAUAAGCCAGCAAGCUAAUACAUCUUGGUCUGCACUCAGAUCCACUUUCACCUGUUUUUACAUUUUUAUUUUCAUCAGACGUGCUGGAGAGACUGAUGUGGCUGGUGUCAUGACACUGAGGAAAGUAAACGUGGUCAUCCUUGUGCUGCUGGCUGUAGCCUUCCUCAUCAUAGUUCAACGAAAUCUUCUGAACCUCAGUGACUUUUUACACAAGGAAAACCCAGAUGCCGGGGUGAUUCUUCCCUUUGAGUCUGAGCUGUCUCCAGACCUCAGAUUUGAGUCUGCAAGGAAGGGGGAGGAGAUCCCUGUCCUCAUCACUGCUGCUGAGGAAAGACUCGGUGCUGUGGUCGCUGCAAUGAACAGUGUCUACCAGAACAGUAAAGCCAAUGUUGUCUUCACCAUUGUGACCUUGAAUGACACAGUGGACCACCUAAAAGUGUGGCUGAGUAAGACAAAGCUAAAAGAGAUCAAAUACAGGAUAGUUAUUUUCAAGCCUGAGCUCCUGAAUGGGAAGAUAUCUAAAGAUCCUCAGACACUGGAGGCUGCAAAACCGUUGACUUUUGCCAGGUUUUAUCUGCCUGCAUACAUACCAGAGGCAGAGAAAGCCAUCUAUUUGGAUGAUGAUAUCAUUGUACAAGGGGACAUUCAAGAGCUUUAUGAAACCAACCUCAAACCGGGGCACGCAGCUGCCUUCUCAGAUGACUGUGAUUCUGCUUCUGCUAAGGGCAUCGUUCGAGGGGCUGGAAAUCAGAAUAAUUACAUAGGUUUCCUGGACUUCAAGAAGGGGGCUGUUAAGAAGCUAGGGAUGAGGACCAACACAUGCUCCUUCAAUCCCGGGGUCAUCAUCGCCAAUCUGACCGAGUGGAAGAACCAGAACAUCACCCAGCGGCUGGAAUACUGGAUGGCGCUUAACAUACAGGAGGAUCUUUACAGUAAAACACUGGCAGAGAGUAUCACUACUCCUCCUCUCCUCAUUGUUUUCUACAAACGUCACUCCAGCAUUGACCCCAUGUGGCACGUUAGGCACCUUGGCAAUACAGGUGCUGGAAACCGCUACUCCCCACAGUUUGUAAAAGCUGCCAAACUCCUCCACUGGAAUGGACAUUAUAAGCCUUGGGGGAGAACAUCCUCUUUUUCUGAUGUGUGGGACAAGUGGUUCAUUCCAGACCCCACCGGAAAAUUUCACCCUGUGCGAAGACACACGGGGGCCAACUAGACUGAAAAGAUGGGUUUUAGAAAUCUUUCAACCAGCCAAGCCAGCCCCGUCCCAGCUGGGGACCAUGCCUCGUGAUAUCUCAGGAACUAAGUAAGGCCUUUUCAUUAACCAGCCCUGAACCAUCCUCUAAACACGUAAACCUGUGUACUCUCAUUUUCCCUCGAACCUAGUGCAUCAUAUUGUUACCCUUGAGAUUGCUUUGACUCGCAUUUCUCAAAAUAUUCUGAUAAACUGUUGAAACCGGACUGUUUUGCUAAAGAGGCACAGACUGCAUUUUCAUCCUUAUCAGAGCAGUGUUUCGUCCUGAACAGCAUUAGAGAAAGAUGUGGCAUCUGAACGGUGUGACCUUAAUUGAAAUGUAUGCACCAGUCCCAGUCAGCAGUAAUGAGUUACUUGUGACAACAUGCCAGGAUCACGAUGUACAACUUAAGCCAUCGUUGCAAGUCAUUGUGACUUAAAUAGGUUUGUUUCCAUGCAGCUAAAUGAUGACUUAAGCACUUAAUUUGAAUUCUAAAUGGUUUUAUACAGUUACCUCAGAUAUAAUAGUGUAGCACAGUUUGCAUAACAAUUUAUAACUGCUUCAAAAAGGUUCCCUUCAGUUUUCAAAUCAGUCUGAAUUUUAAGAUUAGCCAUUAGAUGCAUCAUGUUGUUACCUCAAUUCAGUACUUCCUGUGGAAAAGUAAUGAAUUUUAUUAUUUUUAAUAUUGCACCUAAGAUUAUUCAUCAGACCCUAGUUUUAACAUAUUUUAACAGUGGUCUGUUCUCAGCUCAGCAUUUCCAUCACAAAAGUGCUAUUUAAGUUUUCUCUCCCUUCUAAUCUCCCAUUACUCUGAAUGACACCGACAAAUAUAAAGUGCUCGACUCGAGUUAAUCACAGUCAGGUUAAUGGUGCCCCAGCUAUCAAUAACUAUGCCAUAAUUGAACACUAAUUCAGUAUUGUACUGCCUCCCAUGCUGUUAGUGUGGUUGUUUAUGACUUUAUGUGCAGACCACUAAGCAAACUCCACCUCAGCAGAAACUGAAGAACAUAAAUGUUUGCACAACAUUCUCAUGCUUUAUCCCUUCACUGCCAGGAUUUUUAUACUCGUCGAAAUGCAUUCACCUUGCUGGUUGUAAAUACUUUUGUAUAAAACGUGAAAUAAAACUUACAUUUUUAUCAUUUGCA